GUAAACACUGCACGAGAUAUUGUGUUGAUGAUGUGAGAAUGAUGCUGUAAAGGUCUCCUCCCCUCCCCUCCUGCUCUCCUACUCCUCAUUUCCACUCCUCACUUCGCGAUCACCCACGAGCAGAUCUCCGAGGUCCAGCAUCAUGUCCUCAGACGUCCAGCUGCGCGAGCGAACGGACCCGGAGAGCAACAGCAGCGACUGAGAUCAGGUGUCGGGAGUCGUCAUACGUAUAGUGAACUGACCAGCUGUACCUGAGCACCAUGGAUACAAUAAACUUCACCUUCUGGAACGCCUCUGAGGGCAACGAGACCGUGGAGACAGUGGACGAGAGCCCGUACAAGACAGUGGAGGUGGUGUUCAUUGUACUGGUGGCCGGCUCACUAAGCCUAGUGACCGUUAUCGGGAACAUCUUGGUCAUGCUUUCCAUCAAGGUAAACAGAAGCUUGCAGACUGUCAACAAUUACUUCUUGUUUAGCCUGGCCUGUGCUGACCUAAUCAUUGGCCUUUGCUCUAUGAACUUGUACACAGUCUACAUUGUGAUCGGAUACUGGCCGCUUGGCCCGGUUGUGUGCGACUUGUGGUUGGCGCUGGACUACGUGGUUAGCAAUGCCUCGGUCAUGAACCUGCUGAUUAUUAGCUUCGAUCGCUACUUUUGUGUCACCAAGCCACUGAGUUAUCCAGUGAAGAGGACGACCAAAAUGGCCGGCAUGAUGAUUGCGGCGGCAUGGGUUUUGUCCUUCAUUCUCUGGGCUCCGGCAAUCCUAUUCUGGCAGUUUAUUGUUGGAGGGCGCACAGUGCCAGAGAAGGAGUGCUAUAUUCAGUUCUUCUCCAACGCCGCGGUCACUUUCGGCACAGCUAUAGCUGCUUUCUACCUGCCUGUGAUCAUCAUGAUGGUGCUGUACUGGCAGAUUUCCCGUGCUAGCAAGAGCCGCGUCAAGAAGGACAACCGCAAGCCAUCGGGUGCCAACCUCGACGUGGCCUCUUCCAAUCAGAUCCGUGAAAACACAACCAACAAACCCACCAACAACAACCUAACAGCUGAAGAAACAGAUCGAGGACAGACCCAGCUAACAGAUGACGCCGCCAUCCAACAUGAUGCCAAACUCCAGAAUGGCAAAGCGCCAUCAACGGCGAGUGGAGAAGCGGAAGAUGGCGGACGAGGAAACGAGGAGAAAGAAAGCUCAAAUGACUCCACCUCUGGAAGUGGCGCCGUAAACAAUCAAAAAGAGGAGGUGGUGGCGCCAUCAAUAGCCGAUGAAAACCAAGCUCCUGCUAGGCAUCGCGCCAAAGCUGGCGGAUCCAAACUGACCUGCAUCAAGAUCAACACCAAAUCACCAAAAGGAGACUGCUACGCGCCUUCGAACGCAACUGUAGAGAUCGUUCCGGCGACCGAAAGGCAGAAUCACGUGGCGAGGAAAAUCGUGAAAAUGACCAAGCAGCCGCCAAAGAAGAAAAAGGCCCCGUCUUCUCGGGAAAAGAAGGUUACGCGCACCAUUAUGGCCAUAUUGGUGGCGUUUGUUGCAACUUGGACGCCUUACAACGUCAUGGUCCUGAUCAACACCUUCUGCUCCAGCUGCAUUCCCAACACCGUGUGGACCAUCGGAUACUGGCUCUGCUACAUCAACAGCACGAUCAACCCCGCCUGCUACGCCCUCUGCAACAUCACCUUCAAAAAGACCUUCAAACACCUGCUGCUCUGCCAGUACAAGAACAUACGCUCCACCCGAUGAGCAGAAACAGUGUGUGUGUGCAUGCGUUAUAUUUUACAUGUGCGUGUUCUGGUGACAAAGGUAUAUGUGUGGAUGUGUUUGUAUGUGUGAAGAGGUCAUAAGGAAGUAAAACCAGUUCAAAUCGUCAGCAAUUAGGGUGAAUUUAGGUUAAUCGGGACAUUUUUUCCCAUUGAAAUGCUUGGGGAAAGUGUCCAAAUCAACCUGAAUUCACCCCUAUAAAACAGAGACCCAUCAACACCCGCCAUACACAGUUUUAUAAAUCCUCCAUCUUUGUAGAUUACUCUUUUUUUUUUUUGCUUUCAGCUACAAAUCAGACUGCAUUUAACACAUUUUACCAUGUUUAAAUCCGAUUUGCAGUCAGAGAAUGCAGUCCUCAGAUUGUGUCUACAAGUGUGUGUUUGCAUUCAUUGUUUUUUAUAUAUAUAUAAAUGGUCUGUUGUAGCACUUUACACAUAUAGAUGUGAUGCAUGUCACAAAAGGAGGUAAAGAAGUGCUAAAAUAUUUGAUUUAUAAACAAAAAUGUUAAAAGAACAACAAAAAAAAAAAAAAACAAGCAUAUAACUGGUCAGAUUGGAGUCUGUCCUACUCAAUAAUACACAAAUAAGGGGACAACAGGGCUGACUGAAGAUCCAAACCAAACGCGUUUGAGCUUCAGUAUAAAAUCACACCUGUAUAUAAUCACACCUGUAUAUAAUCAUGUACUGUAUCCGUGUCGUGUGUGUGUGGUUGCAUGCUGGAUGAUGAUGUGUGCGCUCAACAUUAAAAUCCACUUAAAUUGGUCAACAUGAAGCCCGUUUACUUGUGUAAUCAGGAAUAUU